GAGCCAUUAUACAUACUAUAUGAUUGAACAGUUUGAGAAGCACGCGACAAGUGGCAGCGGAUAAUUUGGGGAUGAACUGUGGCCCAAAACCCGGCAAUUGUGAUCAUUUCGUGCCUCAUUGUUCAUCAAUCGAAUGUGCCUGAAAGUUCGCAGAAGACACUUGCUUGGAAUUUUCGGGAAAUUAAUAACAAAGAUCGGCUUACUCGGCACAAUCGGCGGACUGUUGUUAAUGCACCAAAAUGUUACCUGCCCGUGGUCUCCUUAUCGGAUCAUGCUGCCUACUGGCUCUACUGAUUCAUCCUGUGCAGCCGAAUCCCAUUGCACCCCGGGCGGAAGUUGCCGCCGAGUUCAUCAUUCUGCACAACAAUGACAUGCACGCCCGAUUCGAGCAGACGAGUGUGACCAGUGGCACCUGCUCCAAGGAGGAGGCCAAUACGGAUCAGUGCUACGGAGGAUUCGCCAGGGUGGCAUACGAGGUGCGAAAGUAUCGCAAGGAGGCGGAGGAGGGUGGAACUCCAGUGUUUUAUCUCAAUGCAGGUGACACCUAUACCGGAACUGCUUGGUUCACCGUCUAUAAGGACAAGAUCGCCAGUGCUUUCCUCAACAAGCUAUCGCCAGAUGCUAUUUCUCUGGGCAACCAUGAGUUUGAUCAGAAUGUUGAGGGUUUGGUGCCCUUCCUAAAUGCCGUGGAAUUCCCUGUUUUGGCCUGUAAUCUGAACCUCACCGAUGUUCCGGAAAUGGCGGCUGCCAAGCAGCUGGCCAACUCGACGAUCCUCGAGAGAAAUGGGGUGAAGGUUGGCGUUAUCGGUUACCUUACGCCCGAUACCAAGGUGCUUGCCUUUCGGAACAAAGUGGAGUACGAGGAGGAAAUCGUGUCCAUCAAUGCGGAGGCCGCAAAGCUAAAGGCUCAAGGCAUCAAUAUCAUCAUCGCUUUGGGUCACUCUGGAUACCAAAAGGAUCAGGAGAUAGCCAUGAACUGCCCGGAGGUGGACAUAGUCAUUGGUGGCCAUUCGCACACAUUCUUAGAUGCCAAUCAGCCGGUGGCCGAUCCCACGGACUCUGAUCCGGAGGCGGUUCGAGGUCCCUAUCCCACCACAGUGGUGCAGGCGAGCGGCAAGAAGGUACCAGUGGUUCAGGCAUACGCGUAUACCAAGUAUCUCGGAAAGAUUCAUGUUCAGUUUGAUGCCGAGGGAAAUCUGAUCGAGUUUGAUGGCGCUCCCAUUUUGCUGAAUGCCUCUGUAGCUCAGGAGCAGGAUCUCCUGGAUUUGCUAGACGAAUACCGCCCCAAGCUGGACGAGCUGGAGAACACGGUUCUGGGUUACACUAAGGUGUUUCUCGAGGGCGGCAACAUCUGCCGCAUGAGGGAGUGCAACCUUGGCAACUUGGUGACAGAUGCCAUGAUCUAUAGUCGCGUGUUGGAAAACAAGGGCGGCGAAUUCUGGACAGAUACUGCGAUUGCUUUUAUGCAGGGAGGAGGAAUCCGUGGCUCCGUCGAUAAGAAGGAUGAUGGAGUCAUCAAUGGCGCCACCCUCUUAGCCGUUCUUCCGUUCGAGAAUAAUCUGUACGUGACAAGGAUUCUCGGAAGCACCCUUCUGGCUGCCCUGGAACACUCCGCGUCUGUGAGGUUGCAGGACUCCAAUGGUGGAUUCCUGCAGAUGUCCGGACUGCGUGUGGUGUACAACUACAACAAUGAGCAGGGCAAGCGAGUGGUUUCCGCACAGGCCCUAUGCGCCAGCUGCGCCGUGCCCACGUACAAGAGCAUCAAUGAGACGGCCCUGUACCAAGUGAUCGUGCCCCAGUUCCUGCUGGAAGGCGGCGAUGGCUACACUCUGAUCGAGGAGUCGGAUCCCUUCACCGAGAGCAUGCAGCGAAACGAUCUGAAUGCUACCAUGGAGUACCUGAAGCAGCGCCAUUUCGUGUAUCCCGAGAUCGAGGAACGAAUUGUGAUUCACGAGAAGGCUGACACCGGAUCGGCGUCUGGUAUUGUGGCCUCCAUCUCCUUGCUUCUGCUCUCUUCCCUGCUAACUAGAUUCAUCUAGUGGCACUUUCAGCUUCUCAUUUCAGAACCCCAAUUCAUAAAUAAGCUUAUUAAUGCGAUUGCAUUUUUUCGACUUAAAGAGUCAAGUGUGAUUGGUGAUAAGUUUGCCCUUAAUUAAUAUAAUAUAUGCUUGUUUCACACACAAACUUAAACUAAAUAGCUAAUAAAUGUUGUGAGAACUG